CUGUCCUAUUGGAAUUGAACCAGAGCUGUCUUGAACCAUGGAAGUAGUUCUCUCUUCUUCAGCUACUGCACUCACCACAAUCGCAAACUUCUUAACAAAACCUCACAAAACCCCAUCUCCUACAUCCACUUCUUCCCCAAUAACCAUUCAAUUUGUCACUUCCAGGAAUAAAAACAACAAAAAUAACGUCGUCAAUCUCUCUUCUUCACAAUCUUGGUCCAUUUCUUGUGUUUCUUUGUCAACUAGGACAAGGGCGAUAACAAGUUCUACGCCUCCCACUUUCACUUCUCUAUCUUCAAACCGCAGUGGCCAUCAACGCCACUGGAUGGUGGUCAUGGAGGCCCUACCACCAGAGCUUAAUUCCAAACCGGAGAUAAUUGAUUACUAUGUGAAGACCCUAGAAAGAGUUCUGGGCAGUCAGAGAGAUGCUCAGAUGUGUAUAUAUAAUGCUUCUUACAAUACCCAUUUCGGGUUCUGCUGUGAUAUUGAUGAAGAAACGUCCCAUCAACUAGCCCGUCUAUCUGGUGUGUUAUUAGUUAGGCCCGACCCAGAUUUUAACUCUGUGGAAAAGGACUAUAACUUCUCAAAAGGUCAAUCACAUUUUCCACCAAGCUCAUACAUUGGCAACUUUCUACUAUUUCCUUUGGGGACUUCUACAUACUGGGUUGUUCAAACGGACAAACCAGCAAUUGGAGCCAUCACAAAGGCAAUGGUGGUUGAUCAUUAUGCUCAAUUACUAACCAAGGUUCUGGGGAACGAGAAGGAUGCCCAAAUGUGUAUAUAUCACAUAUCCUGGCAAGCCCAUUUUGGAUUCUGUUGUGAACUUGAUGAAGAGUGUGUUCGGGAGUUAGCUAGUGUGCCUGGUGUUCUAUCUGUUUAUCCCGAUGAAAAUUUUGAGUCAGAUGAUAAGAAUUAUGGAGUUCUUAUUAUCCAGUGUGCUUUUUCACUUACCAUUCACCGUUGUGGUACAAUUUCCGAUCCACUAACAGGAACUUAUCUUCCAGGUGAGAAUUCACAGCAGUCUAGGGACACCCUGGAUUCUUCAGCAGCAAGUCAAGCACCACACAUUAAAACAAAGAAGCUUUUUGUAACUGGUCUAUCUUUUUAUACAUCAGAGAAAACUUUGCGUGCAGCAUUUGAGGGUUUUGGUGAGCUUGUUGAAGUUAAAAUUAUAAUGGACAAGAUUUCUAAAAGGUCCAAAGGGUAUGCCUUUAUAGAAUACACCACCGAGGCUGCUGCAAGUGCAGCUCUCAAAGAGAUGAAUGGCAAGGUAGCUGCAAACAGUCGUUGUUUUACUUCAUAG